AUGGAGCCUACGGUGCUCAUCAUCGGCGCAGGGACCUUCGGCACCUCGACCGCCUACCACCUGGCCCAGACCUACCGGGACGCCUCCCGCGUGACCGUCAUCGACCGCGAGGCCUCGCCGCCCGCCAAGGCGGCCGCCAUCGACAUCAACCGCAUCAUCCGCGCCGACUACCCGAGCACGUUGUACUGCAACCUCGCCAACGAGGCCAUCCACCCCUGGUUCUGGAGCAACGAGCUCGGGCCCUGCUUCCAUCGGGUCGGGUGGCUGAGGCUGAACGAGGCGGGCAGCGACCUGCAGGGCCGCAUAUUCGCCACGCUGCGCGGGCGGGGCACGCAUAUCAUGCAGGACGUCCCGCUUGAGGAGCUUGGCCGGCGCUGGGAUGGCCUGCUGGAGGGGACGGAGACGGCCGGGUUCGACAGUGCGUACUUCAAUCCCGACGCCGGGUGGGUGGACGCCGCGAGCGCGACGGCGCGGUUCAUGGCGACGGCGACGGGGAAGGGCGUGAAGAGGGUGGCGGGCGACGUCGUGGAGUUGCUAGUCGACACCAAGACGGGCCGGGUCGAGGGCUGCAGGACGGCGGACGGGCGGCGUCUUACGGCCGACAAGGUCGUUCUUGCCGUCGGCGGUUGGACUAGCGCUUUGCUGGCCCCUGUCGAGGAGACGCUGGGGGUCCCCGAGCAGGACAGCAUCGAGCGCCAGGCGCAGGCUACGGCGAUCGUGUCGGCGUACUAUCGCAUAUCCUCCAGUGAUGUCGGCAGGAUGGCCAACGUCGAGCUGCCGUGUGUGAUAUACGGCCAGGUCGGAGAGGUGAUUCCGGCUUCGAAGAAUAACGGGCUUCUAAAGUAUAACAACUCGCGCACCCGGUUGGUAAAUACCGUGACAAGCAAGUCAGGGAGGAAGAUCUCCGUCCCGCCGUCGGACAGGGACCAGAGGGAUGUGCCAGAAGGUCUGAAGCGCGAGACAGAGGCGAUCUUGACUUCGAAGCUGAUGCCGAGCUUCGCGCGAGGGACACCUGAGUACUGGCGAAUUUGCUGGGACUCGACGACGCCCUCGGAGGACUUGCUGCUGUGUGAGCACCCCAAAGUCAAGGGCAUCUAUGUCAUCAAUGGAGGAUCCUUCUGUGGUUACAAGUUUCUUCCGAACAUUGGCAAGUAUAUGCUCAACGUCUUGAACGGGCAGAGCAACGGACCGGAGAAGGACAAAGCCUGGGGCUGGAAGAGCAGCGCGGCACUAGAGGCGGCCAGGCGAGGGAAUAAGGGUGUUGAGCAGCGCGAGUUCGAAGAGUUCGUCGACAAGAGUCCGUCCAGACCGAAUGAUCAGUCCCGACUAUGA